CGGGCCACACACAUCACAUCACAUCACACCACGCCGCACCAGGCCGCAUUACGAAGCGCGUGUCGAGUUGACGGAGGACGGCAUGGUCGACCCGUCAGCUCUCGUCGACGCGUCAAUGGGCAUCUGCAGGGUCGUGGGGAACAGGUGGCUCUGCCGCAGCCGGCCGCUCGCAGGCGGCACUGUCGUGCUGGCCAUACCCGUCAUCCCGCCGCCAGAUCGGAAAACCCCCGCAGCAGCAUCCGCAGCAGCAGCCGCCGCAGCUGCAUUGGCGAUGGCGUUCUUGCUGCUCAUGAGGGAGGUGUGUGUCGAUGGGGUGAGGCCCUCGUUGCUCUGGUGGCCAGAGUUGGUGAGGUUGACGACCUCGAGCUCGUUGAGGGCGCGUCUGAGGCCCUCGGUGGCGUCUUCGGUCUCGCAGCGCAGCAGGGGGCCGCCGGGCCGCUUGUGCCCGAAGGCGGCGCAGCAGAGGAGGGACCAGAUGUUGCUGAGGGCCGGGUGCAUGUGUGUGGGGUAGACCUCGUCGUCGCUCUCGAACAUGGGCGGGGGCGUGUGCUGUCCGUGUGUGGUGGGGGUGUUGUGGGGUGGGUUGUUUGUGUGGGGGUGGGGAUGGUCGUCCCGCCCGAGGGCCUCCCACAGGCCUUCGGCGUCGCCGUACACGCGGGUCUUGUGCCGUCUGAACGCCGCGGGGCGGGGGGACGCCACUACCACAGCAGAACCUGCCACACACACACAUCCAGAGAGAGAGAGGGAGAGAGAGAAAGAGAGGGAGAUGGAGCCUGUGUUGCUGUGUUAUGUGAGGGGGAAGGGUAAGUGGAGUGGGGGUGGAGGCACCUUGCAUGCCGGAGGGGUCGAAGAAGGUCUUGAGCAGCAGCUGCAGGGGGAACGGGGGGGCGGCCCGCUUGAGCGCCGACUCGAAGACGGCCUUGUCGUCGUCACCACACAGCCUGACGGACAGACGACAGAGAGACAGUGGAUGGAUUGAUGGAUGGAUGGAUGGAUGGCGGUGUGCGUGCCUGAAUGCGAAGAGCUGCGACACGAACACGCGCAGAUGCAGUCGGUCACACCUGCACACCAACACACACACGACGAGGGAACACAGUGUCAAGUCUGUGUGUGUGGUCUUUUGUUGUGUGUGGGUGGUGCGUACGGUUUGUCGGACGAGACUCUGCAGAGGUAGAUGUAUCCGGGUAGCAGCUUGAGGUCGGCCACGAGCCCCUGCUGCUGCUGCGGACCCACCUGCAGAAUCACCUCCAGAGGGUCGUAACGCUCAUCUACACGCACGCACACACACACACACACACAGAGAGAGAGAGAAAGAUGGAGAGAUGGAUGGAUGGAUGGACGCGUGUGUUCGUGUGCGUGCCUUUGGGUUUGUCUGCCUCCAGCUUUGUCUGGAACAGCUGCAGGCAUAUCUCGACUUUCUCGUCAGUGGACCCGCUCAAAGCACUAAACACACACACACACCACCCAACACAGUGUCCGUCAGUGCGAAAGAGUGAGAGAUUGUCAGCUGUCAUGUCACCUCGGCUGCGACAGGGCGAAGUGGGCGUGCGCGGCGCUCUUGACGCCAACCAGCACCAUUGCGGGCUCGCGAGACGUGCUGAUGCACGACUGACACACACACACACACACACAAGAGCACCAUUCACUCACACGAUGGCCGGCCACCGAUCGUCCUUCUCCCGUGCUGUGCUGUGCUUACGGCGGAGUGCCAUUUGGGUUCUCUGAGGAGUCGGACAGCGGUGCAGUGGGAGAAGGUCUGGCAGAAGUCGUCGCAGGCCAUCCAGAAUGAGCAGCGGGAGGGGUCUACGCCCAGCUUCUUGACACGCUCCAACGUCAUCUCGGCUGACGUCAGGCCCCACCUGCACACACACAGAGACACAGAGACACACACACACACACACACACGAGAGAGAGAGAGAGAGACGCCCGUCUAUGUGUGUGAGGGGUUGUGGUGUGCAGUCUCACACACUCACCUGCCGCGCCAGGAGCUGAAGUUCCAUGGGUUCUGCAGCUCCACCAGCUUGACGUUCUCGAGGGUGGCAAACCGCAACACGGGGUACACAGACCCUGUAGGUAGACACACAUCACACGGACGGAGAGAGCCUGCCUGCCUGUCUGCCUGUCUGUCUGUCUGUCUGGUGCGUGUUGAGUGCUGUGUGUGAAGGGUUGGUUACUCACCGUUUUGGAGUCCGUUGACCUCUGCCCCUUUGGGCACAUUGGGCUUGUUGAGCACCGCGCACAACGCAAAACUGAUGGAUGGAGACGGAGGAUAGCACACACACACCGAGAGAUGGAUGGAUGGACAGGCGCAGCCAGGGGGAUAGCCACGAUGAUAUAGCCCACCCAGCCAGUCACCUGUUACGGCUGUGGUUUCUGAGGUACUCGUACUGCUCGGACCACACGUCGAAAGUGCUCAUCGAGAUCUCUCAACACAACACAAGACAACAGAAGACAAGACACUCACGGAGUGGAGUGCGUUCAUCGAGGGAUGUGGGUGGGAGGCCUGGCUGGCUGCCUUGCCUUAGGUACCUCCUUUGACGUGACCCCGGUGAGUGCCGUCAGCACGUCCCGCUCGAUGCUCGUCACCAUCGUGGCGUACGACCCGUGCAGCUUAGCAUACGCCUACACACAAUACAGAGAGAGACACACAGACAGACACGGAGAGAACCAAAAAGAGAUUGUGUGGAGUGCGUGUGUGUGGUUCGGGGUUGGUGUGACCUUUUCGAGCAGCGCCACCCAGUACUCGUCGUGUUUAGAGGUACGCCCGAAGGCCAUGUGCGUCUUCUUGACCGUCUGGCCCUCCUUCUUGCGGAACGGCACGAAGUCGUCCAACACGUCAUACACCCACACACCGUCCUAACCAACACACACACACACACCCAUAGCGGCCCUACACACACAUGCCACACAGACACCUGUGCUGUGCGUGUGUACCAUACCAGGUACAUGACGACCCCGUAGAUGCCCAUCUGCGGGUCGUACUGCACCAGAGCGUCCGACGCCGCCGUCACAGACGUCGCACGCAAAGUCGCCAACGCACCGUGGAAAAAGGAAUCGUCCAACGGACCUUAACACAGACACACACACACACACGCACACACAGAUGGGUGUCAAUUGGUUCGGCCGACGUGACGUACCCCGGAAGAAUGCCGAGGACCCGCUGACCGACAUGGCGGCGUCCGGGGCGGGGUUAAAAAUGUCACCCACGCGGCUGGCAUGUCAUACACACAACCAACCAACCAAUGAACGAAGACAACCAAGACAACGCACACAAGCGGCUUAAGUGCAUCAUCCAUCCAUCGUGUCGUGCGUGUGUGUGAGUGCUGUGGUCUCACAGACGCACCACCAGACGAGGUCGUCUUUGGGCCCCUCGACCUCCGUGCCGUAGAUGGACUCAUCCACAGCCGGGAAGCCCUUGUCCUCAUACAGUGACGCCAUUCCCUACACAAACACAAACAACCACACACACCCAUCCCUCAACACACCCACUGGCACACAGACAGAAGCGGAGCCACCGACCUUCUUCCCCCGUGCGAUUCUCUUCAUGUCGUCCAUGCAGGCCUUGACACAGGCCUCCCGCUGCUCGUUCCACGCCGUAGGGGGGUCCUCCAGGCCCACGUGGGGCGUGGCCACGAACUCCUGCAGCCCCUGCCGGCCCUUGACCCACUUGGGGCCCGCGGUGGUCUGCUUGUCCUUGUCGGUCGUCCCUGUGGAGCUCUUGCUGUCGUGGAUGUCUCUAUCGCCCUCAGUGAGCCCACUCGCGGUCAUAGUCAGCAGCGGCUGCACACAACACGCACGACAUCCAUCCAUCCAUCCAUCCAUCCAUCCAUGUGUCUGUCUGUCUGUCUGUCUGUCUGUCUGUGUGCGUGCGUGGCGAGUGGCUCACGUGUGCGUCGUCUGUGUUGGGUAUGAGGUUCAUCGGGACGUGCACCGGUGUGACAGCCUUUGUGUGGUGGGGGUAGCUGUGCAUCGGCGGCAGGUCGCUCAGGCUCGAGUUGAGCUGCCCCGGCACGUUCAGCAGCCCCCCCUGUGGACCACCGUGGUUGCCCUCGUUCUUUUGAUACACACUCGCGGUGAGCCUCGGCGGCUGGUGGGGAUUGUAGUUCAGGGGGUCGAUGCCCGAAGGCAUGUCCGCCGACCACUGGCUGGUGUUGUUGCUCGGCAGCCCGUCGGGCGCCACGUACGAGGACGCCGUCAGAGUGGGAUGCCCUGCGCUCACGCCACUCGGCGGCAGAUAACCCUGCACACACACACGCACACACACACACACACACACACAGACACACACACACAUCCGUGUGUUGUGUUGUGUUGUGUUGUGUGUUGCCAUCCACGGUGUUGGCAAUGAUCCGUUCACUGACUGACCUGUGGCGGUGCUGACAGAGCGGUGCAUGUUGCUGGAGGCGGCGCGGGCGGGGCGUAGAUGGACUCCCCAGCGUUCAUCGACGCCGUCAGCAGCGGGAAGCUGGUCCCCGCCACGGUGCUGUUCUCUGCCAUAGGAUCCAAACCACAGCCAGACAGACCAACGUCACGUCAAUACCGCCCGACGACCGAGAGCCUGCCUCGACCACACGGCAGUGGAGAUCUCUGCUUGUACUGGUGCCGCUGCACUUAAUUGCUUGGAAUUACAGCCUCAC